AUGGACCGCAAAAACGACCGGAAGGGAUGGCGUAGGGUUCACGUGACACGCCCUCAAGCCUCCCGCGUGCCGCCACCCGGGGGCAGAAGUCAGAGGUCUUCGUGUCUCAUCUCUGACCACACAGCCCACUCUGGGUUUGGACCAAGAGGCCAUCUAGUCCUGGUGAAGAUCCGCUUUGCUGUAAGUGAUGGGUUGGAAUUGAGACCAAAAUAUAAUGGAAUUCUACAUUGUUUGACCACUGUUUGGAAGCAAGAAGGAUUACAAGGCCUGUAUAAAGGAGUGACCCCAAACAUAUGGGGUGCAGGUGCCUCCUGGGGACUCUACUUUUUCUUUUAAUAUGCCAUCAAAGCCUACAAGGAAGAAAGAAAGCUGGAAAGUCUCGGUGCAACCGAACACCUAGUGUCAGCUGCUGAGGCUGGAGUCAUGACCCUCUGUAUCACAAACCCGAUAUGGGUAACGAAGACGCGGCUUGUGUUACAAUAUGAUACUGGCAUUGAGUCAUCGAAGCACCAGUACAAAGGAAUGUUUGAUGCUCUAAUAAAGAUAUACAAGCUGGAGGGUAUACGUGGCUUAUAUAAGGGAUUUGUGCCUGGUCUGUUUGGAACUUCACAUGGAGCACUUCAGUUCAUGGCAUAUGAGGAGCUGAAAUUGAGAUACAAUAAACAUAGAAACAGACUAUUGGAUACAAAAUUGACUUCAUUAGAAUACAUUACCAUGGCAGCACUGUCCAAAAUAUUUGCUGUGUCAGCAACGUACCCAUAUCAAGUAGUGCGAGCCCGACUUCAGGAUCAACACAAUAGGUACUCUGGAAUGGUUGAUGUUAUUCGCAGGACUUGGAGGAAAGAAGGAGUUCAUGGAUUUUACAAAGGAAUCAUCCCUAAUCUACUCAGAGUGACUCCUGCCUGCUGUAUUACAUUUGUAGUGUAUGAAAAUGUAUCUAAUUUUUUGCUAAAUUUUAGAAAAGAGAAUGAUUAAAUUAAAGUGAGGCAUUUGCAUCAAGAGGAGUUUACUGUCCUUUUUUUGAAACUUUUAAUCCGUGAGACUGUUGUACAAUACUUCUGUCUUGAGAUUGUGAACUGCACCAGUAAUCAGUGCAAGAAUUUGAAGACCAAAACAAUCCAAAUGGACUUCUGUUCUACUGGAGCUGUCCUGCCCACUCUAUUCCCUUCUUGUCUCUGAAUCAGCAGCCUCUCUCUGCCUGAAACAUCAUCUCCAUCCCAACCUUAAAACAGAACAGUGACUGUAUAAAAGCAGACUUGCAACAGCUCUGUCCGUCAAUGAACUGAUCUUUCUAAAUCAGCUUUUCCUCUACAAAGCAAGAAGCUGAUAAUAUCCAGGGUUAAUUCAGUGGGGUUAUAAGGACAACCUGCCACAACUUUUGAUAUCGUAGAUCUGUCAAACACAGGGCCUCUCUUCAGUUGUCUCCCUGGGCAAAAGGGCCUCAGCGGGCAGGAUCCAGCCCACCAAGCGAGUUGAUCUGACCUGUGGAAGCCCUGCUACUCCCCCACCCCCAGGCCAAUUAGGGUCUGGGGGUGGGGAAGUGCACUAAGUUUCCUUUGCCUUGCCAGGAGCACACAGCAUUUCAAAGUGUCGCGUGCUCCUGGGAGGAGGCUUCACGUGCUUCCCCGCCCCCAGGCCCUGAUUGGCCUGGGGGUGGGGGAGCACUGGAAGUCUCUUCCCACUGCCAGGGGCAUGGGUGCUUAGUGGGAAGAGGUAGAUAAAUGGGCUCCCCCAGACCAAUCAUGGUUUGGGGGUGGGGAAGCUCGAAGCAUUCUUGCCCCACCCCUUCCGCUUGAGGCCCUGUCCCUUCUGGUGUGGCCUGGGGCCACUUCAGAAAUUUUUGAAGUGGCCCUGGGCAAAAAAUUAUUGCCCACCCCUGCCCUAUAGUACACGUUUGAACACGUGGUGAGCUGGAGUUUUCUAAAUCCCAUCCAUUUGUCAGGUGUCAGAAUUAUGAAUGCCCUGAUUUGCAGUUGUGCAAACUCUGGCUUACUGGAGAGAUUGCACGGGGACUGUACCAACAUUUAGAGUAACUUCACGGUACUGAGUGGCUGGAGAAAGGUGAGGAAAAGUACUGUUCACCCUGACCAUUAUAUUAACAUUUGCUAAACUCCCAACUUUAGUGUAAUGUCCAAGGCAUCUUGCAAAUAUUUUGUAGUACCAGGCCUAAAUCAUGCUGUUAUGGACCAUGUCUCCAGUUUUUCCUCUUAGAGGGAAAGGCAAAUUUUAGCUCUUAGUUAUGGAGAGUACAUAUAAACUCUAUGUUGAGUUCACAUUGAAGUCAGUGCACAUGUACAGACACACAGACCUGUUUAACACACAGCUUGGCUGUUUUUGCACUAGUGUUUGUAAGUAACAGCAGUUUUCAAAGCCUUAUUUUAAACAUAUAUAUUUCAAAAUGUUGGUCUUAUUUAUUCAGAGUAUUGCUUGAAAUCACUGUGUAGAAAUUAAUGCAUUUCUGCUGUCUUUCACUGUCCAUUAGAGAACCUGCCUUUUAUAAAAGGGAAAAAGCCAUCUUGCCUUUUAGGAUAUUGAUUGUCAUAACGUCAGCACUGGGUCAGUAUCAAGGUAUAUGCUUUUCAGAGUUAGCAGACAUUAGUUAUUCUUAACUGUGCAUCAGGAAGAUUUAUUCCUGUAUAUACACCAUGAAAACAUUCAAUUGUUUUGUACAAAGUAUCAAAUGAGAGGCAGGAAAUAUAAAUGUUAAUACAAGAAUUAUUCAGUUAAAUAACUUGGAGCCCUGCAACUGAUUUGCAUUGUAUAUUGCUCAGGAAAUUGAUUAUUCUGAAAGCUCACCCUUUGGUAGCAAGCCAACCUAAACUUGGAGAAGUUCUUUACACAUUAGAAUUAAUUUGGAGUAGAGGAAUUGAUUUCCUUUUUGUAAGCCUAGAAUGAGAACAUUGCAAUAGUUCAGAUGUUUGAAUUGAGAGUGCUCAAAAUUUUAAGAGUGGUUCAUACAGUCCUGAGAAUAUAAAUAUCUAAAUUAUGAAAUUGCUGGCAUUCAGCAGGGAUGGGAUACUCUUUGGGUGCCAUUUUUGGGUCAAAACCCAAAUUUAAGCUGUGCAGAUUUUUUUUUAUUCUAGAGAAAACUAGUCUCUACAUUUCUGCAUGUCAUACAUGCUUUUGUGACUUUUCCUUUGGUUUGUGUCCUUAAUGUAAAAUGUGAGUUUUUAACGACAUAGCAUUUUUAAAAUUGUACUAAUACAAGAACCCCAUUUUUGUGGGUACUGUGCACUUGGGAGUGAAUACUUGGAAUGCUACAGUUAGCUAUGAGAAAUGCUUGAAUGAUCAGUGUGGUUAUUUUCUUUAUCUAGUUUUACAAGACUGAACACAUCAUUUUUGUAGCACGAUUGGCUUCUGCUACUUGCAAAACUAUUCUGAAGGUCAUGUAGUGUGAAGUAUUUACACCCACUUUUAAAUACUUAUUUUUUCCAUUUUGUGCUGCUAAAUUAUAAUUAUCUUAACAGCAAAUUAGGUGGUGACUGGCUAAGAAGAGUAUGAUGUAAACUACUUUGUUGGGGAAAUGAAAUACCUUAAUUCAGGUAAAUCAAUGUUUGCUGCAGUAAAAUUGUCCACUGUAUUCACCAUUAUUAGUCUUUUUUGACCUUCAUACUAAAAAGAAAUUGGGUGUUGAGAAUCUCUUAAUGAGUUAUUUAACUUACUGCAGGGGAAGAGUGCUCAAAUGGUAUGGUGCAAACAUAAUCUUUAAACUGCAAUUUGAUGUUUACUGUUGGCCUGGAUCUGACACUCUGACAUUAAUGAAAGAUGAAUCAACUAUAGUAAAGUUGAAUAAUCUGGUGCUACAGUAGUAUAAUCAGGUUCAUAUAAUGUGACUUGAUGCUUUUGAGUAAUGCUCUUGAAAUCUAAAAUGAAGAAUGUCUAGUAUUUUCCCCAUAGUUGUUACUUUCAUGUCUAAUUGUUAAGCUACUCUAAAACACAUGUUCAUAACAGCCAUGUAAAAACCCUUUGCAUUUUGUUGUCAAUAAAUUAGCCUGGAUUUUUGGCUCUCUUUGUAAAA